ACGAAUAUAAUCGAACGCGCAGAGACAACCGUAUAAAUGCUUUCAUUCACUACCUUGGAAUUUAGGGGGAUUCGUCAGAGUUACUCGGCCGCGCAUGCGCACUAAGCUCCGGCGAGCAAAAAAAAUUCCUGCCUUUUUAUUAUUCGUGGAACAAGGCUGUGGAUGGAAAGUUAUCUCGAUAAAACUAGCGGCUAGGCUUAGCGUUUACCGUUGUUAGCCCUGUACUGUUUAGGACGUGCUUAACACAAAUAAGCCGCCGCUUUAUACGACGAGGGGGAGGGAGAAAAAACACACUAUCAUCAACAUCAUCUCGCGAACUCUUUUGCUAGGUAGCAUUAGGUAGCUAAUGCUAGCAUGACACAUUUGGCCGUUUGCUGUGUUUAUCCAGGUAGCUAGCGAGGUGUCGCUCUCAGGUGUUGCUGAAGGUAGCCCAGGGCUUGUAGCUUUGCUGACAUUUAAAGGCUACCAGGAAGAAUUGCGUAGGAAACAUCACUGUGCAUUGACUGCUGCUGCUGUGCCAUCUGACUGACAGCACCUCUUCAGUGGUGUGAAUGAGGGAGACAUGGCAGACCACACGCCACCUCUGGAGUCUGGCCAGCUUCUCAGCCCCGAACUCCCAAUCCUGGCCUCACCACCGCCCCCAGCCAUGGUCAACGGAGAAGGCCCCCAGCAGGUAAUCCUGGUGCAGGUAAACCCAGGUGAGGCCUUCACUAUUCGACGAGAGGAUGGUCAGUUUCAAUGUAUCACAGGUCCUGCUCAGGUUCCCAUGAUGUCUCCAAAUGGUUCAGUGCCUCCAAUCUAUGUGCCUCCAGGAUACGUCUCACAGAUUAUUGAAGAGAACGGAGUGCGGAGAGUUCUGGUUUUACCUCAGCAACCAGAUUUCCACCCCGGGGGUCAUUCCCCACUCCACCAUCCUCCACCGCCACCCCAUCCACACCUGCCUGCCUUCAUCCCGCAUCCCGCCAUGAUGGGCCCACCGCCUCAUCUCUACACAGGCAUGCCAGGGGGUGUGGGGGACAUGAGCUCCCAGUACAUCCCCCAGUACCAUCCGGCUCAUAUCUUCUCAGAACAAGAUACCCACAUCCAACAUGGACGCCAGUCUUUUCUUCACCGAGACGACAGGGCGAGCAAAGCGCAUGAGCGUCUCCAGAAAAAAUUGAAGGAGCGCCAGGGAGGUGGAGGAGGUGGAGGAGGAGGGCAGGUGAAGGACAGUCCCCCGUCCUCACCACAAAAGUCCUGCAGCAGCCCCCCAUCGGUGGACAUUCAUAACGGCAUUGGAGGAACGGGGCUUGACGCAGAGCACAGGCACGGGGUAGCCUGCUCUGACAAGCAUAUUAACAAGGGAAAAAACGGAGAGUCCAGAGAACUUGACAAAGAGGCCCAGGCACUGCUUGCACUUUUGAGCAACAUCAGUAAACCAGUGGUGUCAGACAUCCAGGCCAGAGCAGCAGUGGUCAGCUGGAGUGCACCCACCAGACCAGAGAGUGACAAUAACACUGUGGAGGAUGACACUAGCCUCCCAGAGGCCCUUAGCUAUGAGGUUGCCUUCUCUAUUAAUGGCAAAGAUGGGAAAUAUCAGAACAUUAACAGUGUGCAGGAAUUAAGUGCAACUUUAGAAAAUCUUCGACCAGCAACAGACUAUCAUGUCAGGGUCCAGGCAGCGUGUAACUGUUUACUGGGAAGCCCUUCGGAGGCGGCCAGCUUUACCACACUAUGCUGUGAGCCAGACCCUCCUAGUCCUCCCAAGAAGACCAGUGGGACCAAAAACACACUUGUACUCACAUGGAAGGCUCCAUGUGACAACGGUUCCAAAAUUAAAAAUUAUAUUCUUCAGUGGGAUGAGGGGAAGGGAACAGGCUCCUUUGAACAGUGCUACUAUGGACCUCAGAAGCAGUAUCGAGUAACCAAGCUUACUCCAGCUUCACGAUACUCUUUCCGCCUUGCUGCAAAAAAUGACAUGGGUGUGAGCGAGUUCAGUGAAGUGGUGGACCUGUUCACCUCAUGCAGUGUGCCAUUGCCACCCUUCCCUCCAGAGCUGGAGAUGGCGGGAGUGACCUUUCUUAGUAUGAAGUGGCAGCGGCCCAGCAGCUCGCCUAAGGAGGAUGACAUCUACUAUGUUCUUGAGAUGGAGGAAGAAGGCUCGGGAUAUGGCUUCCAGCCAAGCUAUGACGGUGACGAACUCUCCCACACCGUUAGGAAUCUCCGCAGGAGCACCAAGUACAAGUUUCGGGUGGCAGCAUACAACUCGGAAGGGAAGAGUAACCCCAGUCAGGUUGUGGAAUUUAUCACAAAGCCAGACAGACCCAGCUGUCCCUGCAGGCCUGUCAUCAGAGGAAGAGUCCAGCCCGACAGCUUCAAAAUGGCCUGGGAGCCCCCCAAAGAUAAUGGUGGAGCAGAGGUAACGAAGUAUGUUGUGGAGCUAUCUGAGGGCUUAAACGGUUUAUUAUGGGGGCAGGUUUACGCCGGGCCAGCUCUGGAACACGUGUGUGGCGGUUUGAAGCCCGGCUGCUGCUACCAGGCCCGGCUUUACUGCAUAAGUGAAGGGGGGCAGAGCCCGCUGUCGGAAACCCUGCAGGUCCAGACUCCCGCAGUGUCCCCAGGGCCCUGCCUACCCCCUCGGCUGGUGGGCAAACCCAAAGCAAGGGAGGUGCAACUGCGCUGGGGUCCCCCUCAGAUAGACGGAGGCAGCCCAGUGUCCUGCUACAGUGUGGAAAUCAGCGGACCCCACUCUGAGGAAAGCAGGGAGGUUUAUCAAGGCGCGGAGCUGGACUGUUCUGUGGGAGGGUUAUUACCUGGCAAGACCUACAGCUUCCGACUGAAAGCAGCAAACAAGGCUGGGUUUGGACCGCUCUCUGAACGCUGCGAGGUCACCACUGGUCCUGGAGCCCCAGAGCCCUGCAAGGCGCCUUCCACCACAUGCAAAUCCCCCAGUUGUGUUGUUGUGUGCUGGGAAACCCCUCCUUGCAACGGAGCCCCAGUGACAGAGUAUCGUCUGGAGUGGGGAGCAGCAGAAGGCAGCAUGCAGGUGUGUUACAGCGGACCAGGACUCAGCCAUGAAAUGAAGGGGCUGCUGCCUGCUACCAACUAUUUCUGCCGUGUGCAGGCUGUAAACGUGGCCGGAGUGGGUCCCUUCAGUGAGGCUGUGCUUUGCCAGACGCCCUGCUCAGUACCAGCAGCUGUUAGUAACAUCUAUGUGCUAAAGGAGUCUGAGCUGCAGAAGUUUGAGACCUCAGCAGAAGAGGAAGAGGAGGAAGCCGAUUGUCGCCCACAGCGGGCCUUUUCCCCUUCAACCUGCCUGGGGAUUUCCUGGGACCCUCCAUGUGAUCACGGCUCUCCAAUCACUUCCUACCUGAUCGACGUCGGAGAGAAACAACCUAUUGUUGUCGGACCAGUAACCAAAUACAUCAUCCAACAUCUGCAGCCUGACACCAGCUACAGGAUCCGAAUCCAAGCUCAGAACAGCCUCGGCACUGGGCCCUUUAGUCACACCUUUAAGCUGAAGACGAAGCCUCUGCCGCCGCCGCCUCCCCGGCUGGAGUGCACCGCCUUCAGCCACCAAACCCUCAGGCUUAAGUGGGGUGAAGGCCCAGCUAAAGCCACCACCUCAGACGCCCCCCAGUAUCAUCUGCAAAUGGGGGACAAGAAUGGCAGAUUUCUCUCUUUGUAUAAAGGACCAUGCCACACACACAAAGUCCAGAGGCUUAAUGAGUCUACCUCUUACACGUUCCGCAUCCAGGCCUUUAAUGAGGCGGGCGAAGGGCCCUUCUCCACUGUUUACACAUUCACCACCCCACGCUCUCCCCCACCUCCGGUUAAAGCCCCUAAAGUGGAGCGUCUCGAUGAAAACUCCUGUGACGUCUCUUGGGAGGCCCUACCACUCAUGAAAGGGGACCCGGUUAUCUACAGCUUGCAGAGCAUGAUGGGUAAUUCAGAGUUCAAACAGGCUUUUAAAGGUUCUGCCACAUCCUUCCAAGUCCAGAACCUGCAGCCCAGCAGCGACUAUCGUUUCCGUGUGUGCGCCAUUAGACAGUGCCAGGACGCCACUGAGCUAAGCGGACCUUACAGCCCCACGGUGACCCUCUCCCCGCAGAGAAACGAUGCGGUGUCCGGCAGCGGGGCCGCAGGCCCCGGCUCUAGGACCGGCACAGAGUCCAUCCGAACCAGACAGAGUCUGACGGACGAGCAGUGCGCCUUCCUCCUCCUCAUGGUUUUCGCCGUCAUCGCCAUCCUCAUCGCUUUUGUCAUUCAGUACUUUGUCAUCAAAUGAGGAGUCCGCGCUGCCUCGGCUGCAGGGUUAUAGCUUUAUCCCCCCACCCCCCCUCCUCCUCCUUCAUCUCUGCUGUUUUGUGUUUUCUGUUUUGUACUUUAACUGUUUUCCGGUUCGGACAGCAUAAUCGCAUUAGCUGGAAUGGGGUGCAACAGCAGGAUGUGAGUGUUAUAAAUCGAGGAUGUAACAUGUCAUUUGGCACCUGUGAUUCCUUCCGGACUCUCCUAACUCUCACCCGGCUCCAAAGUUGUGGUUUCCGUCAGCUCCGAUUUACAGUCCAUACAAGUCAGCCUCCUGUGCAGAAAGAACUCUGAAAGCAUAGCAGUUCACUUUGAGAAAUGGGGGUAGGUGAUGCAUUAAGUAAAUGUAUAGAAACUGUCCAUAUUUAUUUUUCCUUUUCCGUGUCCACUAUGAAACUGUUUUUGAUAGGUGUGUUCCAAAAAAUAGUUUGUAGGUUCUGUCUUUAGCCGACGUGCUUUUUGACUGUGGGACCUGAAGGGCCAGUGUUUGCACAGUGAGGUGUGUGUGCGUGUGUGUCCAGGUGUGUGUACUCUAUGUAGUUUGUGCCACAGCUCAGACGGCUGGGAGGGCUUCACGCCCAGAUGAAGGAAACUAACCCGUUCCAUGCAGGAGUUACAGACAGAAAAGAAAUCUCUCUUUCACAUUAUAGAGCGUUCAUUUAGCACUUUUCAAGCUUUUUCAACUUCAGAAUGUUCAAGGAUGCAAAAACGACUGGAGAAAUGUUCGUAUAUUUUUGUACAGCAACGACACGAGGAUCAGCGGGCUUGUGGAGAAGAAAAGAAGAAUCAAAUUAUAAAGUUAGAAAAGAAAAAAAACCAAACUAACAGUGAAUCCUAAUUAUUUUUACUAUCAUAGUUAUACUGUAGCUUGUUUUUACGAUAAUGCAGCUGCUUUACUCUGAAAUAUUGUCGUUCAGCACAAAAAAAAAAAUGUAUGCUUUCUCGUAUCUUUUAUUUUAUUUCGUUUUCUACUCGGUAAUUGAUUUUUGCACCUUAGUGGAUGAAAACCUUGACUGACUGCAUUUGUUUUUGGUCUUGUGAUGCAUUUUAUAGAGCACACUUUGAGAUUGUGCAAGCCCUACUUGUGUUUUGGGUGUUUUAAAAGUCGUAGUAUUGCAUUACGUGUCACUGAAACAGCUCAUCUAUCAGCAGGAAUAAAAGUUUGAGAGAAAAAAAAAAGGAAGAAAAUAAAUCUGUACACCGGUUGUUUCAGAGGCCUUAAUCCGAGAGGGGGGGGG